CGGCCAUGGCCGACGAGACCCCUCGGAAGGGCAGUUUCUCGGCGCUUGUCGGACACACCAACGGCCUUACCAAGCCCGCGUCUCUCGCCGCGGCCGCCGUCACCUCCAAGCCCGGGGCCGCCGGCGGCUCCAAGAAGCUCGUGAUCAAGAAUUUCCGAGACAGACCUAAAUUGCCUGAUAACUACACUCAGGACACCUGGCAGAAACUUCAUGAAGCAGUGAGAGCCAUACAGAGUAGUACCUCCAUCAGAUAUAACCUGGAAGAGCUCUACCAGGCUGUUGAAAAUCUGUGUUCUCACAAAGUUUCCCCAGUGCUCUACCAGCAGCUGCGCCAGGUCUGUGAAGGCCACGUCCAAGCACAAAUCCUUCAGUUUAGAGAAGACUCGCUAGAUAGUGUUUUAUUUUUAAAGAAGAUUAACACAUGCUGGCAGGAUCACUGCAGACAAAUGAUCAUGAUCAGAAGCAUCUUCCUGUUUCUGGAUCGUACUUACGUGCUUCAGAAUUCCAUGCUUCCUUCCAUCUGGGAUAUGGGAUUAGAACUGUUUAGAAACCAUAUUAUUAGUGAUAAAAUGGUUCAGACAAAGACCAUCGAUGGCAUCCUGCUGCUGAUCAAGCGGGAACGGAGCGGGGAGGCCGUGGACCGCAGCCUGCUGCGGGGCCUCCUGGGCAUGCUGUCCGACCUCCAGGUGUAUAAAGAUUCAUUUGAACUGAAAUUUUUGGAAGAAACUAAUUGUUUAUAUGCUGCAGAAGGCCAAAGGUUAAUGCAAGAAAGAGAGGUUCCGGAGUACCUGAGCCAUGUGAGUAAGCGCCUGGGGGAGGAGGGUGACCGCGUGAUCACGUAUCUAGACCACAGCACACAGAAACCAUUGAUUGCCUGUGUGGAGAAGCAGCUGUUAGGAGAACAUUUAACAGCGAUUCUGCAGAAAGGGCUGGACCACCUGUUGGAUGAGAACAGAGUGCCUGACCUCACUCAGAUGUACCAGCUGUUCAGCCGCGUGCGGGGUGGCCAGCAGGCGCUGCUGCAGCACUGGAGCGAGUAUAUCAAGACUUUUGGGACAACAAUCGUUAUCAAUCCUGAAAAAGAUAAAGAUAUGGUGCAGGACCUGCUGGAUUUCAAGGACCGGGUAGACCACGUGAUAGAAGUGUGCUUCCAGAGGAACGAGAAGUUCAUCAACCUGAUGAAGGAGUCCUUCGAAUCAUUCAUCAACAAGAGGCCAAACAAACCUGCAGAGCUGAUCGCAAAGCACGUUGAUUCAAAAUUGAGAGCAGGUAAUAAGGAAGCAACGGACGAGGAGCUGGAGAGGAUCCUGGACAAGAUCAUGAUCCUAUUCCGGUUCAUUCACGGUAAAGAUGUCUUUGAAGCAUUUUAUAAGAAAGAUUUGGCAAAAAGACUCCUCGUUGGAAAAAGUGCCUCCGUUGAUGCUGAAAAGUCUAUGCUGUCGAAGCUGAAGCACGAGUGUGGGGCUGCUUUCACCAGCAAGCUGGAAGGCAUGUUCAAGGACAUGGAGCUCUCUAAGGACAUCAUGGUUCAUUUCAAGCAGUAUAUGCAGAAUCAAAGUGACCCGGGCUCUAUAGACCUGACAGUGAACAUACUUACAAUGGGAUACUGGCCGACGUACACCCCCAUGGAAGUACAUCUAACUCCAGAGAUGAUUAAACUUCAGGAAGUAUUCAAGACAUUUUAUCUUGGAAAGCACAGCGGUCGAAAGCUUCAAUGGCAAACUACACUGGGUCACGCCGUGUUGAAAGCAGAGUUUAAAGAGGGGAAGAAGGAGCUGCAGGUGUCGCUGCUCCAGACGCUGGUGCUCCUCAUGUUCAACGAAGGCGACGGAUUCAGCUUUGAGGACGUAAAGAUGGCCACUGGGAUAGAGGGCAGCGAGCUGCGGAGGACGUUGCAGUCCCUGGCCUGCGGGAGGGCGCGCGUGCUGAUCAAAAGUCCCAGAGGGAGGGAGGUUGAAGACGGAGACAGAUUCGUCUUCAAUGGAGAGUUCAAGCACAAGUUGUUUCGGAUCAAAAUCAAUCAAAUCCAGAUGAAGGAAACCGUUGAAGAGCAGGCCAGCACCACAGAGCGCGUGUUCCAGGACCGGCAGUACCAGAUCGACGCCGCCAUCGUCAGGAUAAUGAAGAUGAGAAAGACGCUGGGCCACAACCUGCUCGUUUCCGAAUUGUAUAAUCAGCUGAAGUUUCCCGUCAAGCCUGGAGAUUUGAAAAAGAGAAUCGAAUCUCUCAUAGACAGAGACUACAUGGAGAGAGACCAGGACAGUCCCAACCAGUACCGCUACGUGGCCUGA